AUGGAACACAAACACAAAAUAGAGACACGAGUUUACAAAUGGCUCAGGAGUGGAUCAAGCAGUUGGCAUGAGUCUGGUUGUCUUCAGCCUCCUGUUGUUUACAUAUUAUUCAUUUGGGUCAUCGUGCUGCCUUUUGUGGACAGCGAUCACGUACUUCAUAAGUAUUUUCUUCCUCGGGAGUACUCUGUGAUUCUUCCUGGCGUUGCAGCAAGUCGUACUGCUCCUGUUAUAGGGACUUUCAUUGCCUUCGUACUGUGGAAGAAUCAUAGGCCAAAGAAAGUGGACUAAGCUGAGGCUCGCAGUGUGACUGCUGUCCGUGUGGGAACAAUUCAACGACUUUCCGGGCAAUUCAACGACUUUCCUUUUCAGUCAAGAAGAUAAAACACCUUUUUACAGUAUGAGGGUUGAAAGUAAUAAAAAUGAAAUGUAAGUAGAGGUGAUGAAAAAUGCAUGUGUAUAGAAAUCAAGUGUAAAUAUAGCGAUCAAUUAUUUAGUAUUUUAACAACUUUGUCAUUUCCAUUGUCUCAAAGCAAUCAUUUACAACACAAACAUAUUGUUUCA